AAAAGAACCCCGGAGGCGCGCGCGAGAGCGAGAGAGAGAGAGAGAGAAACAGGGAGAAGAAUUGAGAAAGAGGCGCGCGCGCGCCACGAAACCAGCUGUGCGCACAACGCUCGCGCUUCGAAUCCGCACUUGGAAGACCGAAGGCUCGCGCCGACAUGAAGCGUCCCUGCGAGGACACCACGUCCGACAGUGACAUGGACGAGACCAUUGACGUGGGCAGUGAGAAUAAUUACCCCGCCCAAAGCAGCAGCUCUUUUCUGAGAUGUGCUUCGCCCACCACCACCUCGCAGGUCAUGGCCCGGAAAAAACGCAGAGGGAUCAUCGAGAAGCGACGGAGAGACCGGAUCAAUAACAGUUUGUCGGAGUUGCGUCGCCUGGUGCCUACUGCUUUCGAGAAGCAGGGCUCUGCUAAAUUAGAGAAGGCUGAAAUUUUGCAGAUGACUGUAGAUCAUCUAAAGAUGCUUCAGGCUACAGGUGGAAAAGGUUAUUUCGAUUUUCAUUCCCUGGCCAUGGACUUCAUGAGCAUCGGUUUCCGCGAGUGUCUGACUGAAGUGGCUCGCUACCUGAGCUCAGUAGAAGGACUGGACUCGAGUGACCCUCUGCGUGUUCGUCUCGUAUCACACCUCAGCAGCUGUGCCUCUCAGCUCGUCACCUCGUCAAUCACACACCACCCUCAGGCCCUACACCCGCUUCACCCUCUGCACCCGCUACCCGCAGCCUUUCUAGCGCACGCCGUACCGUCGCAUUCCUCCUCGUCUUCCUCUUCAGAGCCACAUCGCUCCUCCUUCUCCCACGCCGGCAGCAUAGCACCGCCGCUCUCCACGUCCCUUCUCUCGCUCUCGGCAACGUUCCCUCUGUCGUUCCCAGCCGGAUUCCCGCUCUUCGCUCCUGGCAUGACAUCAUCGGCGACUAUCAGCCCUUCCAUUUCCAGCUCAUCCACAUCAUCAACGUCACAGCAGAGCAGCUCCGGCUCCAGUUCUGCUAAACCAUAUCGGCCGUGGGGAACUGAAGUGGGAGCCUUCUAAGUGCCGAGACUACGAACUGUAAACGCUGCUCUUUUUUAAUAGCCACAAUCAAUUUCGACAAGUGCCUGGCUGGGCGUCUCUCACUGAAGUAAACCGUACGCAAGAAGGAAACACGGAUGCGGAUCGUUCUGUUCUGUAUGCAUCACACAUAUGGAUGAUCGAUUUGUAUUUUCAGUGAAAUGGGCCGAUCGCUGUUUUUUUUUCUUUUCUUAUCUUCACCCUGACAUUUCCCACUGGAGAAAAAAGUUCUUUUUUUGUUUCUUACUUUUUUUUUUCCAUACAAAUGUCACAUAAAGGGAUAAUGCCGUUCUGCGCAAUAGCGUGAAUGAAAUACACUUUAUUUCAAAUGAGCAAAUAAGAUCUUAGUUGCGGUUCUUGUGGGAUUUGAACUCACAACCUUUCAGUCACUUUGACUGCUGAUGUACAACUAUCCGACUGAAAUAUCAUGUCUGUGUAUAAAGUCCCAGGAAACAGUGCAGAAUAUUGAAAAUGAUAUAUAUUUGGUGUAAACAGGCAGGAAAGGUUGGAUGAAAUGCGCCAAUAUAGCGUACACGUUUACUUAUCACAUGUACAGCGAAAUUCUUUCUUUGCCAAUCCCAGUGAUGUUAGGAAGCUGGGCUCAAAACGCAGGUUUAGCUAUGAUACAGCACAGAUACAGAUCAGAGGGUUAAGGGCCUUGCUCAAGGGCCCAAGAGUAGCAGCUUGGUGAUUCUUGGGGCUCAAUCCCCCAAUGUUCUGAUCAGUGACCAGAACCUUAAUCACUGAGAUAAUAAAUAUGGAAGGUACAGUUCUGUAUUACACACAUAAUCAUCAUGAGUACAAAAAUUCACUUUUAAAGCAAUUUAAUGAGGUUAAUUAUCAUUUCUUUCGUUUAGGCAUGUUUUCAGCUCUGAGUUUCUCUAUUUAUAUUAAUAUUAUGCAAAAUAUCUAUAAUAGAUUUCAUAACGUGGAUUGCAUGUACGGAUCUGUGUGGGAGGUGCAAUCAUGAUCAGCCACGUGAUUGUUUAUAGUACAACAUCUAGUCUGAACAAACUCCGCCCACUUUAUAUCUGAGGAGGCAUUGUGCCCGUAAAUCCAACAAACCCAGAUUUCCUGUGACUUUAUUCAUCAGAACGAGCAUCAAAACAUUAUUUUACAUUGUUUGUAAGAAAAACAACAGUAAGCCAAAGGUUUUUUCAGAUAAUCACAGAACAAUGGAGGUGUGAAUGAGAGUGUGUGUGAGGAAUUAACCACUCAGUCUGUAAAUAUGUACAUGUCUAAGAGUGUAACUAGAGUUUAUACUGGAGCUGUAUACUGUUAUGAUGAUGCACUUCGGUCACUACUGCCUAAAAAGAGAGAGACGGGAUUCUCUCCAACAUAUUUUUGGCGCUACAGCUCUCACUGUUUGUUGGUGUUGUAUGUGGCAUUUGCCAGUAAACCACACUACUGUAUGUCUUUUUUUUUUUUUUUUUAUCCCCAUCCUGCUCUCUUAAUAUGUAACCGUUUUUUUUUUUCUAUGCAAAAAUGAAAAAAAAAAAAAAGCAGAUGUCACCGAUUAAAAUUCAAUCCUUUUUA